AUGCCUGCGAAAGCCCCUCUCGACGAGAAUGUCAAGUUUUUGUAUUCAUGCCUUAUCCGUAGUGACUACAAGACUAUUGACUUUUCCCGUGUCGCUGCGGACUUUGCUAUCAACCCCGCUGCAGCACGCAUGCGUUGGAGCCGUCUGAAAAAGUCCAUCAACCCCGACGAUACGCGGCCACAGUUCGCCUCCGAUCCAUUGCCGAAAAAGGCUAAGAAAAAGGUUCCAAAGACGCCCAAGGAAGAGAAAGAAGAGAAAGAAGAGAAGUCGAUUAAGGAAGAGGUGAAAGAGCUUGAGUUUGAGGAUGCUAUCGAGGAUAAAAGCACCCCAAGAAAGGCCAAGCUUAAGGCAGGCAAAAGAAUUGGAGUUGUGGUCAAAAAUGAGCAGACUUCAGAUGUGGAUGAUGAUAUGGGGGGUGGGGUUAGUUCUGGGGACAGAGGUGAUGAUGAAGAAAUGCUUCGGGCACCGGGAAACGAGCAACCCGCCGCUGCAGCUGUAACGGCAACGGCAUCGGCUCCACAGAUCCAAGAACUUUUCAAGACUGAAGAGCAAGAUGACGCGGGACCACUCCAAAUUAUGCCAGAAAACACUCAAAAUAACACCAGAGACUUGCAAACCACAUCGUUUUUGAAUCCGCCUGACAUGUUCCCAAUACCUCCAGCAACCUUUAUUUUGCCCCCAGUUACCUCACUCCUCGAUCAAAUCGCAGUUCCAGAAAAAUCUGGCGAAGACGACGACGAUGAUGAUGGUUGGGGUGCGACAAUCAUAGUCAAGCAGGAACCGAAUCCUGAUCCCAAGACCCCCACUAAGAGAAAGUUCUCUGCUACUCUGGGCAGCACUUCUCCUGCAAGUUCUGUGUCCUCUUUUUCUCCCCCAUCUCCCUCUCACAGCUCCCCGUCGCCGUCGCGCACCCCUAGGAAAUCUGAACGCACUCCUCAAAAAUGGCAGGCAAUCGUUAGUAGAAGUCGUCAGCCGCGUAGUAAGUCGCGGAAAAUUUACAGUGAGGAGAACGAAGACGAAGAUGAAGACGACUAUAAUCUUGCGUUAUAG